AUGAAGGAUCUCGCAGGUGCAAUUGCUACGGGAAUGACGUCAAAAGAGUCGCAGGAUCAUAAUGAUUGUCAGCCGACACAAGCGGCUUACAAUACAAAAUCAAAUGUUAAAGCCCGCGAAAAGCUUUUGAAGAAAGGACCGUCACUGGUUGAGAAUAUCGAAAAAGAAACUGUACAAACUGAAUAUAUUUUAUGUUUAGCUGAAGUUAAAAGGUCUAGAAAGAAAUACGAAACAAAUUGCGAUCAUCAGCACGUGUGCAUGUUAUGUGAAGAAAGAUUUAGAUAUCUUUCGCAAUUAAAGCGGCAUAUUGCUGCUCACGCUGGGGAAAGGCCAUUCAGUUGUGAUAAAUGCGGGAAAAGAUUUGCAUUGCGUGGAACCCUUACGCGACAUGAAAAAACACAUGUAUUUCCCAAGAAAAGGAAACAAAGAGAGGACCCGAAGACGAUUAUGCAAGACAGUAUUUUGUGUGCACGUUUGAUGGAAUUGUUGCCUGAGGACGCCCAAGAAAGGACAGAGAAAUUUGCCACAGAUGCUACAUUAUGUAUCGAAACUAUGUCGACGUGCUCAAGGUAUCCUAGAAUGUUUCCGAGUUUAGAUUCAAAUUAUCAUUCUCAUUACCCCAGGAACGAAAACAGUUGCACGACCUUUCCCUUCUUGGACGUAGAUUGCCGCCAUAGAAUGGUGAAGUUUGAUAUCAUGAGCUCCUCUAGUUCAUCAAAUUCAUCCUUAGAAAAUUCAGAGGAAUGUGACUUUGAACCAAAAUAUUACAUGGAAGCGACAUCUGUAACCGAGGAAAUAAACAGCAUAACGCAGAUGAUGUCCACCGUCAAAGCAACUGAUGAAACUACAAAUCGACGUUCUCCACAGUUGCAAACUGUGACUUUAGUGGGAAAAUCUGACGUUAAAUCGGCUUCAGCAAUGGAUAUUAUGUACGUUAAUGUGACUACAGAGGACGUAACUAAAGCAGCAUCAACUGCAGCAAUGGAUAUUAGUUGUGGGAAGCUGUCUUCAGAGAAAAUCGCCGCAGCAAGAUGUACUUCAGAAAAAGCUAUUAGUUACAUGGAUAUCUCCUCAGGAAAAGUAUCUCAAGCAACGUCGACUGUCUCAAUGGAUAUUAGUUGUGUCAAUAUGUCUAUAGAUAAAAUAGCUGACGCAAGGCCAACUGCAGAAAUGGCUAUUAGUUAUAUGGAUGUGUCUUCAGGAAAAGUAUCUCAAGCAACGUCGACGGCAUCAAUGGAUAUUAGUUGGGGAAAUAUGUCUUCAGAGAAAAUAACUGGAGCUAGAUCAACUGUGGAAAUGGCUACUAGUUCUAUGGAUGAAACUUCAGGAAAAAUAUCUAAAGCAAAAUCCACCGCCUCAAUGGAUACUAGUUGCGUCAAUGCUUCUUCGGAAAAAAUAGCUGAACCAGGAUUGACUGUACCAAUGGCUACUGACUUUACGGCUGUAGCUCCAGAGAAAAUAUUUAAAGCAGAAUCGGUAGUAUCAAUGGAUACUAGUAAUACCAAUGCGACUUCGGAGGAAAAAGGCGAUGCAAGAUCGACUGUACCAAUGACUAUUAGUUCUGUAGAUAAGGCUUCAGGAAAAAUAUCUGAAGCGAAAUCGACUGCAAUAAUGAAUACUAGAGGUGUGAAUAUGUCAUCGAAAAAAAUAACUGAAGCAAAACUGACUGCCACAAUAACUGUUAGUUCUGUGGAUGUAGCUUCAGCAAAAACAUCGGCAGUAAUAAUGACAACUUCAAUGGAUACUAGUAGUGUGAAUAUAACCUCAGGGAAAGCAACUGAAGCAACUGUUCGAAUGGCUACUAGUUCAAUGGAUGUGGCUUCAGGAAAAACAUCUGAAGUAAAAUUGGCAGCAUCAAUGGAGACUAGUAGUGUGAAUAUACGUUCAGAGAAAGUAACUGAACCAACUGUUCGAAAGGCUACUAGUUACAUGGAUGUUGCUUCAGCAAAGACAUCUGCAGUAAUAUUGUCAACUUCAAUGGAUACUAGUAGUGUGAAUAUAACUUCAGGGAAGGCAACGAAAGCAACUGUUCAAAUGACUACUAGUUCUAUAGAUGAGGCUUCAGUAAAAACAUCUGAAGUAAAAUUGACAUCAUCAAUGGAUACUAGUAGUGUGAAUAUACGUUCAGAGAAAGUAACUGAACCAACUGUUCGAAAGGCUACUAGUUACAUGGAUGUUGCUUCAGCAAAAACAUCUGCAGUAAUAUUGACAACUUCAAUGGAUACUAGUAGUGUGAAUAUCACUUCAGGGAAAGCAACUGAAGUUACUAGUUCGAUGGAUGUGGCUUCAGGAAAAACAUCUGAAGUAACAUUGCCUGCUCCAAUGAGUACUAAUGAUGUGAAUGUGUCAUCUGAAAGAUACCUUAUCUUUCGUGUUAUUAUUAUUAUUAUUAUUAUUAUUAUUAUUAUUAUUAUUAUUAUUAUUAUUAUUAUUAUUACUAUUACUAUUAAUUUUAUCUCUUUUUAA